AUGGCGAUCAAUUCAGGAGUUCCACAAGGAUCCAUUUUGGCACCAACAUUGUUCCUGCCCUAUCCACAGAAAAAAGAUUUUGUACUUAUGGCAUGUUUGAAAUAUCUAAAUUCCAAGGUCUAUAAUGUUCAGAUCGAUAAAUCAAACCUCAUUUGGAAACCUACAAUAGGUUCAUCAGUUCCUAAAACAGUGGACAUUCUAGGACUGGAACCCAGAUACUUACUUAGGUCAGGUUAUGCUGGACUACAGAUAAAUAGUGAUACUGAAGCUAAGAUAUCCAAAUGCUUUGACGAACCAAGCGAGAACUUCCCUAGGUAUAUGAACGAGAAGCCUUUUUCAAAGAAUAGCAAUUUCUGUAAUAGUUCCUUCAAAGAUAUCUACGCCGACAACUACGAACGUUUUCAAGAGACAUUGGAUAACGUUUUUCGAGAAGUUGAUGAUAUAAAAGCUACCAAAUCCCGAGAUGUACACCGGGCAUUGCUUUGCUUGUCAAUGCAGGUGGAGGUACAUGGUGGCUGGAAGAGCACAUCGGUGGCAGAAGGAUUUCUAGAAGAUUCCAUGUUGAAUAAAAAAAACGGCAGAACAAAAUACCAUAUCAACGAUUUGUUGGAAGCAACUUCAUGUCCAGUACACAGCUUCGCGGAUGAUCCAGGGCUCCAAUACCAGUCAGGAAAAUCAGAAACGAACGAGGCAGAAAUAAAAGCUGAUCUCACUGUGCCCAACAUAAGCUUGUCAGGAGUAACCACACCUUUGAAGACAUCCAUUUCAAUGCUUGGUAUUACUAUCAGCAAUAACCUUUCUUGGGAAAAUCACGUGAGAUCAAUUGCUAGAAGUGCAUCCCAAAGACUUGGUUUUCUCUUUCGUGCCAGGAGCUGUUUCACUUCCAGUCAGCUGCUUAUGAUCUAUAAGGCACAGAUCCGACCUGUCCUGGAAUAUUGUUUCCAUAUUUGGAGUGCAGCACCCCAACAUACCUUGAAACUGUUGGAUUCUGUCCAAAAAAGGACAAUUUGUCACGUGACUGAUGCUUCGCUCACAAACUCACUCACUUCUCUGGAACACCAAGAAGCCUUGCGAAGCACCUGGAACUGCAUAUCGGUCUCCGACCUCGAAUGCAUCCUCUGCAGCAGAUGUCUGCUGGACCCCGUGACGACCGCGUGCGGCCACACCUUCUGCAGAGGCUGUCUCACCCGCGUCCUGGACCACGGCCUCUCAUGUCCCCUUUGCAUGGCCUCCUUGAGCUUGGCCGACUACUCCAGGGGCACUACGGAGGUGUUGCAGCAAGCUAUCAGGUUCCUGGUGCCGGAUGAUUUCAGGGAGAGGGUGUCGAUCAGUAUCAAGGAAUGUUCCAUUCUAGAAAGCAGCUCCAAUAUCCCAGUUUUCAUCUGUACCAACGCCUUUCCUGGUGUAGCCUGCCCUUUGUACGUCUAUGAACCACGGUACCGACUGAUAGCCAGGCGCUGUCUUCAAUCACCAACGAAAAGAUUCGCAAUGGCAGGCAAAGACUCCACAGCGGACAAAUUCGUGCAGUACGGCACCGUACUGGAAGUCAAGGAUGCUGUGAAUUUGGAAGAUGGCAGGUACAUUCUCACCACAGUGGGUGUUAGGAGAUUCAAGGUCAUCAGUAGGGAUGAGCAAGAUGGUUACGAUACAGCGAAAAUAACAUAUAUCAAAGACAAUGAUGUUCCUAGCGAGAGACUACAAGAUUUGCUGUUGCUCCACGAGAAGGUUUACAGCAAAGCUUCGAAGUGGAUCAGGUCAUUGAAACCCAAAGUAUUGGCUGAAGUCGAGAGACUCAUAGGAAAAAUGCCUAGGGUUGAGAAGAACUGGUACAACUUAGCUGAUGGACCUUCAUGGGCUUGGUGGCUUAUGCCAAUACUACCACUCAGUUCACAACUCCAAGUUGGUUUUCUGAGUACUACUAGCUUGGAAAAACGACUCAGAGCCAUCGAUAAGAUGUUGGAGCAUAUGAAAAUCCGUAUGAAGGCCUUGGAAAGAAAUACCGCAGCUUGUGCCCACGAUACUCCAUCAAGGACAACCUUCCGGAGGAUAUUCUUGAGCUCAUCUCUGAGAAAAAAACGAUUAAGAAGAAGAUGGCCUCGGUUGAGAACUCCUCAAUCGAGAGGAGACUUCAAUCGCAUUACCCAACUCAAAGAGAUGAGAAUUAGAGAAGACAGGAAUGCCACUUGGAGAGUCAAGGCGGCCUGGAAAGCCAAGAUGACCAAGAGGUCGAAUAGAAAAUUCACCCCGUUCCUUCCUUGGAGUGUGAUCGCGGGAGAGCGGUGCCAGAUCGUGGAAAAGUGGAGGUGCUUGGAAAACAAACUCUACGCGUUGGGGCUACGUGGCAAUUUUCUUUCAUGGGUUAUUUCAUUUCUGAGUUCGAGAAGAAUUCAAGUGGAGUUAGGGGAAGUCAAAUCAGAUAUAUGUGGAGUUGACGUCGGAGUACCGCAGGGCUCAGUGUUAGGACCUCUGAUAUUUCUUCUAUUUAUAAACGAUAUGCCAUCUUAUAUUAAAUCAAAAUGCAUUGUUUUAUUUGCUGAUGAUACUUCUAUUGCAGAGGAAGCCGAAAAUCUUGUAGAACUACAAGCUAGACUGAAUGCUGUGGCACAUCUAUUCACUACAUGGUGCGAACGUAACAAAUCAAUAGUGAACGACGAAAAAAUGUUAAAAAAACAACUCGACCAAACAACCCUGAUCAACGUUUAUUACGCUAUCAUAAAUUCACACAUUACGUAUAAUAUUAUCCUAUGGGGAGGAGCCACUGAAAUAAAUAGAGUAUUCAAAGCGUAG